AUGUUAAUUAUUCAAUUAUAUUAUACAGCAUUUAUAUCAUUUGUUAGAUGGAUAACAAUACAUUACCCUGUUAAAGGAUAUUUAAUAAUUGAAAAAUAUUUUUGGAUUUUUAAUGGUAUUGGAGUUUUAGUUGGUUGUUUUGUUUUACUUCAAUUUGAAGUUAGCAAACAUCCUUUUAAACUUGAUUAUUUAAUUAUGUCUUAUAGUGAUAAUCAAGAAAUAGGAUUCAUUGGUUUUGAUGUAUUAAUAUCAUUUAAUCAACCUAUGUUUUUUGUUGUAUCAAUAUUAGCAGCAUUUUUUACUAUUCCUGCAAUGUUAACUAAUCUUUUUUCAUUAAUAAAAAUUAAAAAAUUAAAAAAGAGUGUAGUUAAUAUAUCUAAUACAAAUAAUAAUAAUAAAACAAAAUCGCAAAAACGAAUGGUAUUAUAUGUUUUUAUUAUGUCAUUUAAUCAAUUUAUAUUUUUAACAAGUAGAGUAGUAAUUUUUAUUAAUCCAAAAAUUGGAGGAUAUGAUCAAAGUAUACUUAUGAUGUUAUAUGCUAUAAGACCAUAUAUUAUGCAUUUAGUAUGCCUUACAAGUCCAUAUGCAUUGUUGAUUCUCAAUAAAAAUAUAAGAAAAAAAGUAUUCAACUCAAUAUUAACUAUACCAUUAUUAAAACGAUGUAAACCAAAGAAUGUUAUCAAAUUAACAGUAUCUAAAAUUGCCUCAAAAACUAUAUUUGUUAAUAGAAGAAAAAAUUCCAAUUGUAAUUUGAAUAUAUAUUAG